AGCCGAUGUAUCACGAUUGUUAUAUCAAAUCAAUACGACUACUGUUCAUUCAAUCGAAUGCACACGCUAGCUUACAGUUUGUUUUGUUUACAACUAUUUUCAAUUUGACAUCGAGUUGCGAUACAGCCGUCUGCACACAAGUUCAAACCUGUCGCCGCGGAGGCGUUACAAGCAAUGGAGGCUCCGGAUGUGGGAGCGCAACCUGAAACAACUGCAGCGGCAGUCGGCGACCACGAGGCCAUGGAUAUGGUUGCUGAGGACAAUAUGGAGCCUAACCCAAGCCAAGUCCUGGCCUAUUCCGAAACCUACAGCGAGUAUGAUGAAAGGGAAUUGUUGUUGCUUCAACGUACCAAAGAAACUGUUCAGAUGAUUGCAAGAGACGAGGUAAAUGAUGCAAUUGCUGAAGUAUUCAAAGGAGUACAAUCAACGGGCAUAGCAGAAGCAGACUACCAACGGCAAUGUGAAAAGUUUCAUGACAUGUUAAUUGAUCACUACAGACGGACUCAGAGUACGGUAUCGGUUUCUCCGAUAUGGGACGGCCAUGACAAACCUAUACAUACUGUAUUUGUGCGACCAAAUUUAAAUUAUAUUACAAUCGAGAAUGAUGGAUCCCGACGGAAAACGGAUAACAAAGUGCUCCAAUACAAAGACUUAGUUUACAAAGAAAACAAGCUCAUCAAACGAGUAAUUAUACAAGGUGAGCCCGGGAUGGGCAAGACUACACUGCUAUCUAAGUUCGUGCUUGACUGGUGUGAGGCUGCGUCACCUGAAUCUCAGGAGUACAGAGCCAAUUUUAGUGAUUUGGAAACGUUGAAGGGUUUCAAAUUUCUUUUCCAUUUAUCUCUCAGAGAUUCGCCCGAAACAUCAGAGGUAGUAAAGAUGAUAAAAACACAACUAAUUGACAAAAUGUACGCAGAUGAAGAUGAACGUAAACAGGUGUACACACUACUGCAGCAUAUCCUGAAAACAGACAAAUGUAUCCUCUGUAUGGACGGGCUAAACGAAUGGACUACUGACUUGAACAAUGACCCAUUUCCAAUAAUUGCCACUUGUCACAAGCAAUGUGUAGCGUUAAUAACAACUCGACCAUGGACAAUGGUGGACAAGAGAAUCAAGGAUUCUGGCAUUGACCUUUUGAUAGAAGUAAGCGGAAUAAUGGAUAAAGAACAGCUAGUGAUAUUCAUCAUCAAAAGUCGUCAGACCAACACCAGCAAGUCACACAAAAGGUUUAUGUCGUAUGUUAAAGAACAUAAGUUAGAGCAUUUUCUUGCGUCUCCAUUGCUUUUGACGCUGCUAGUAAGUGUGUGGAUAAAUAGUCAGCAUUUUAGUGGAUCGUUGUGCGAAAUGAACUGCAUUUUGCUUGAUAAUCUUUUCAGGAAAGCAACAAAACAUGAAGGCAAAUUUAGUCAUGCACAAUUUCUAUGCUUGAAGGGAACGAACUAUAUUUAUCCACGCGUCGAAAUGUUGAAUUCUCUUGCAAAACUUGCAUUUGAGUGUACGUUCUCAUCGGGAAAAUCUCUCGUAUUUUCCAAGGAGAAAGUAUUGGAGAGUUUAUCUCCAGAACAUCUGAAAUUUUCCCUUCAAGCUGGAAUCUUAUCAGAAAGGUACAUUUCUUCAUUACGUUCUGAGUUCUCGUUUCUGCACGAGACUAUGCAGGAAUUUCUUGCUGCAUUUCAUAUCGCACAAUCAAAUGGUAUCUCAAUAUCAAGUAUCCUUGGAACGAUACGUCAUGUGCUAGAAAUCUGUCAGGUAUUUAUGUACCUAUGCGGACUUGACAUUGAGAAGGCUAACACACUUUUAGACUCAGCUGUCCAUGACCUCAAGGGCGACAUAAGUCAUGGAUUGAGUGCAUACGUGAAUGGAAGGACGAAUUGUGUGUUCCUGUAG